CGCACACACACACACACACACACACACAGAUCUGUGUUUUUGUGAGGCAGAAAAACUUUCUGGCGUUUGGAUCCGAGUCGUCUCUCUGACCAGUGAGGACAUCAUGGUGACCACUGAGACCCACCAGAGCCAGGACCUCCUGGUCCCCCCUCAGAACCAGGACCAGCCGGACCAGCAGGACCAGCAGGAGGACCAGGUUUCUCCCUUGUCUGCACUGGUGGGCUUUGACCCAGAGACCAUGAGCCAGGGUCCUGUUAACGCCAUCACGGUCCUCACUCUGCUGGACAAGCUGGUCAACAUGCUGGACGCAGUGCAGGAGAACCAGAACAAGAUGGAGGUGCAUCAGGUGGAGAUGGAGGGCGUGGUCAGAGGAAUCCAGGCCGAUAUGACCAAACUGUCCAAGAGCCACAGUCAUACCUCCAACACCGUCAGCAAGCUGCUGGACAAGAGCCGCAAGCUCUCAGUCACCAUGAAGGAGGUCCGUGAUAAGAUGGAGCGUCAGGGUGUACAGGUGAAGAAGCUGGAGAUGAACCACCAUCACCUGAUUAGCAGGAACAACUUCAAAGUUCUCAUCUUCCAGGAGGAGAACGAGAUCCCUUCCAGUGUUUUUGUGAAGGAUCCUCCCCCGUUCCCUCGUGACGACAUUUUGGAAGAAGGCGAUGAAUCAAUGAUGGGUGUCACCGACGGAAACCUUUCCCAAGAAGGUGGACUUCACACCAUCGACCUAUCGUCAGACGAGGACGUAGGGCUGGAGGCAGAGCAAGAGGAGGAGGAGAUGUGGCCUCAUGAUCUGGAGAACAUGGAAAAGUCCAGAGCAGAGAAACUGAAGCAUUCCAGUCUUAAGAAGGUGGACAGUCUGAAGAAGGCGUUCUCCAGGCAGAACAUUGAGAAGAAAAUGACAAAGAUCGGAACAAAGAUUGUUUCUCAAGAACAACGAGAGAAGAUUAAGAAGAAAACCUCCAGUCUGAAGGUUUCCCCUCUGACCUUCAACAUCAGGAAGCCCCGGAACAGCUCCGACUUUCAACCCCCCGAUGACAGUCCCCAGGUCGAGGACUCCGUGAUCGUGGAGGCAGACACUGAGCUAUCUCCAUUGGGCACUACCGACCCAGAAGUGUCAUUCAGUGAGGUCCACGCCCAGCUUGCUCCAGACGAGCCUGUGGUGAAGGAAGACGAGGAGAAUGAGGAAGAGCUGGAGGAAAACAGGGAGAAGCAGGAGGACCAAGAGGAGAUGGCUGAGGAGAAGGACGAGGAGCAAGAGGAGAAGGGGAAGGGAGGUGUGGAGGUGGAUCUGUCAGUGGUUUCAGAGGGAGUGAUUUAGGAGUAUGCUUUGUGCUCCAUGCUGCCUCAGCAAGAGAAGGAAGAAACGUGAAUAUCUGAUUGUUAAACAGUUCAACAUUUAGUGAAGACCUUCAGAUCAAUAGUUUAAAAUGAGUCACUUCAACAUGUUCAGCCUGGUCACAAGACUUUAAUUCAUGUGACCAGUUUACUUAAUAGUAAAGACUAAAUGUAGCUAGCUUAGCAUUAAGACAGAGUAGCUAGUUUAGCAUAAAGACUGGAAAUAGAGAAAGAAAAGUUCAGUAAAUGUUGAACUGUGCCUUUAAAAUCGUAUUAAUGGGACUACAUUUUAACUCUUGAUUUCUACAUUUAGGUUUAGAAUGAAGUCAGAGAAUUUUUAACAUUUUAUUCUUCAACUGAUUUGAAUACAUAUUUGUAUAAAAAUAGUUGUAUAAUGUAUUACUUGUAUAAAACACCCAGACUAACAAUCACUCAUCCAUAUAGUCAUCUUACACAUAUUAGCACACAGAAGGGCCUUUGACUGAUGUCCCUCUGUUCUUUGACAUGUAAUGUUAUUCUUGCUUCGAGGUUCCUCUAAGGUUCUACUGAGAUUUCCUCCAAAUUCAUCAAAACGUUGCCCAAAAUCUCAUAAUAGAUUUCCUUUUCAUUCAAAGUACCUCCGACAUUCUGCUGUGGGUUCAAAUAAAGGUUGUGGUUUGUGUUCUUGCAAGGUUCACCUGAGAUCCCCUCAGGCUCCUACGAGGUUCCUCAAACAUUCCUCAUGGGUUUCCUUCAGAGUUUCCUUCAAGGUUCCCAAAAACAUUUAACACUAACGUUCCCCAGUGUUCUGCUGAAUAUGGAUUGAACCAUUUGACACAAUUUAAUUAUUGACCAGAUACAUUGUGUAAGGGGAGGGUUAGAUACUCAGUAUGUAUACAUCAGUUUUUAAGUCUUAGUUGUUAUAUAUAUAAACUUUGCGGCCAAAAACCUUUUCUCUUUCAAUCAUACAACAGUAUUGAGAAGUGCCUGAAUUUUUAUAAUCAAUAAAAUCUGCGUAACCACUG